AUAUGUGCUACUAUGACUAUAGAUUUGCUCUGUGGAGGGCAACUCAUAGUUCCAUCUAUACUCAACAAAAAUAUUAAUUCCCCAUGCAUUGGCAUUUAAAAAAAAAAAUAUUUUCUUUUAUUGAUAACAUAUGUUUAGGAAGGGUCAGAAAAGCUACUUGAAAUUCUUCCCAGAGAGUACAAGUGGGGGAAAAUUUCCAUAAGUGGAAACCCGCUGUACUAGGGAAUUUGAAUUGGUACUACUGCAUUACUGCUUUUUUAUUCCGCCAGUAGUAGUAUAAGUGGGAAUAACAAUGGUUUGCCUAAGCCACGGGCAGUUUCUCCCUGUUUGCCUCAUUUGCUUGGUGAUUCAGAGGAGUUUAGGCUGGGUGAUGAGCUUUCAAGCUGUUCUGAUAGUAACAGUAAAGCUUCCCUCCGAGGAGGAAGCUCUCUUGGAUUCUCCAACCAUUAUUUGCCUGAAAAAAUCGAAGUUGCUGUUGAUGUCGAUGAAGUUCUUGGAAACUUUGUAUCAGCUCUCAAUCGGUUUAUUGCUGACCGCUACUCAUCGCAUCACUCGGUUUCUGAAUAUCAUGUAUAUUAGUUUUUCAAGAUAUGGAAUUGCUCCAGGGAUGAAGCUGAUAUUCGUGUUCAUGAAUUCUUCAAGACAUCCUAUUUCAAAAAAGGGAUACAUCCAAUUCCAGGUCCCGACAAAAUGCAAUAAAGAUCACACAGUUGAGUGGAUUGAGAAGCAUUAUCCUGGUCUUUUUCAGAAUAUGUACUUUGGAAAUCAUUUUGCUUUAAAUGGAAAGUCCAUACCAAAAUCAGAAAUUUGCAGGUCACUCGGAGCAAAAGUUUUGAUCGAUGAUAAUCCAAGAUAUGCGAUCGAGUGUGCUGAAGUUGGAAUGAAGGUUCUUCUCUUUGAUUACGAAAAUUCUUAUCCAUGGUGCAAGGCAGAGUCAGUUGAAGGCCACCCUCUAGUCACUAAAGUUCAUAAUUGGGAAGAAGUGGAGCAGCAAUUAGUAUCGUGGACUUUUCCCAAAAUCGUUGCAAAAUGUGCUCGUGGCAGCCCCAAACGCCAGUCAUUGUACCAGAGAGUCGGACAUUUCCAGGUUCCGUACUUAGAAGAUCCAAAUACCGGGGUGCAGAUGUUUGAGAGCGCAGAGAUUGUGGAAUAUUUACGUGCAACUUACGCUCUCUAACGAGUUAGGCUUGCUGUAAUCUUUUUCUGUUUUGAUUUCUCCAAGCCACUGCUGUAUAAUAUUUUGGUCUAUCUGGUUUAUCUCUGAAGCAACACCUACACUUUCUGAUUCACAUAGCAGGGGAAGCUUGAACUUGCAUUUCACUGGAAAAAUUGUGUCCAUAAAGAAUUUGGGGACUUAUGUAGUAUAAAGUAUAAACCAACAGUGAUCUUAUAAUUUCUGCAGAAAUAAUAGAACAAGAAAGUAUGUCUGUCUGUUCCAUUCA